UCCUUCUUCUUGCUGCUGCAACCCCGACCUUUAUACACACACGACUCGACGUUCGUAACUUUCCAGGACGACCCAACAUCCAACAUGGCCGCCCCCUCCAAUGCCACUACCGCCGCCGGCGAUGAGGCCACCGAGCUCAGCAAACAGUAUGACACGCCCCUGGGGCUCGCCCACACGACCAUGCAGGCGCUCAAGGAUCGCAUCAAGCUGCACUACGAUCUCGCCAGCGACUACUACCUGAACCUGUGGGGCGAGCACAUCCACCACGGCUACUGGCCGACCGAGGCCUCCAAGGCCACCGACAGCAAGGAGACCGCCCAGAUCAACCUGAUCCGCCUGCUGCUGGACAUCUCCGGCCUGGCCGCGCCGCCGCCGGACAACAACGCCAACACCACGGCCAAACCCCUCCGCAUCCUCGACGUCGGCUGCGGCAUCGGCGGCACCUCCCGCUACCUCGCCCGCACGCUCGGCGCCACCGUCACCGGCAUCACCAUCUCCGGCAAGCAGGUCCAGAUCGCCACGCGGCUGAGCAAAUCCGCCGCUGCCGCCGCCUCUUCUGCUUCUUCUGCCCCCUCUUCUUCGGAUGGCACCACCCCGGCAAAUGCCAGCGAAGACGAAGAAGCAGGCUUCAUCCCGCUGGCGGCCGCUGAAAGCAGCAGCAGCGGAAGCGGAGGUAAAGUGCGCUUCCUCGAGCUGGACGCGGAGAAGAUGGGCGAUUUCUUCUCGUCUUCUCCGGGGAGGAGCAGCAGCCGCAACAGUAGCAGCAGCAGUGCUCCUGGAAAGGAAGAAGUAAAAGAAGAAGAAGAGGCCGGGGCGUUCGACGUCGUCUGGAUCAGCGAGGCGCUGUCGCACUUCCCCGACAAGGCGCUCUUCUUCCGCAACGCGCACCGGCUCCUGCGCGGCGGCGGCCGGGGCCGCCUGGUGCUGGCGGACUGGUUUAAAGCCGAGGGGCUGGUGGAGGGCGGGGCGGAGUUCGAGCGGGAUAUUCGGCCUAUUGAGGAUGGCAUGCUCCUCCCGCCGCUGUGCACACAGCAGGAGUAUGUCAACAUGGCCGCCGCGGCCGGCCUGCAGGUGCUCAGCGCGCCAAAAGAUAUCAGCGCCGACGUCAGCAAGACCUGGGACAUCUCGUGGUCGCUCGUGCAGAACCCGUCGCUGUGGGCGUUCGCCUUCAGCCAGGGGCGCGACGGCAUCGCCUUUCUGCAGGCCUUCCGCGCCAUGAGGCGGGGCUAUGCGAACGGCACUUUCCGGUACGCCGUCAUGUCGUUUGUGAAGCCGUAAGUAUCGGAGGGGGUGGAGGGGGGAAAAGGGGGUCGGUGUCACUGCGAGGGAGACCCGAUUCUGCAAUCGCAAGACUUGCAUCAGAUAGAGAACUCGCUAGCUGCUGCUCGCUAUCCUGCCGCUUCGAUCAAAAGAGAGCCCAGGCAUGGCAGUACCGGGCAAGCAAGUACUAGCCCAUCCAUCCACCCAUCCCUUCCUUGCCUUAAUCCGUCCUGUGUGUGCCCAAAGCCCAGUUACCCAUCUCAAACCGCCCAAUCAACC